AUGAAAAUAAAGUACCUAUUAUUGCUUGCUAUUUGCUUGCUUAGUUUUUGCAUCUCACAAGAAACAAACUUAAAAUAAAAAAUAACUGAAGAAACAAAUGAAGAUAAAGAAGAAGAUCCAACUACUGAAGAGAAUAAUGAAAAUCAUGAGGAAGAGGAAGAAUUGGACUAUGAUGAAAGAAAAAGAAGAGAAGAAGAAGAAGAAAGAUUAGCAGAAUAAGAAUAUCUUGAAGAAGAAAAAAGAAAAAAUGAUGAAAUAAAUGAAAUGAUGGCCGUUCACCAGAGAGAAAGAAAGAAUGAUGGAAAAUGUUUUCUUGAUGCUUUUUCAUCAAUAGUAUAAAAUGAUCGUGGAUGCAUUAGUCCUUACGUUAAUUAAAUGUAUUGUACUAUUAGUGAAUGUGAGAUAAAAAACAAAAUACCAUCAGCUGAUUAAUAUAAUGAAUGUAUUAAUAAUACUUGCAGACCACACUUUGAUUGUGUUCAAGAUGCAAAUAAAAAGAUUUAUGAAUGUUUAUCCAAGAAAAAUUAACAAAAAACAAACGACAAAAACGAAGAUAAUAAUAAUAAUAAUAACAAAAGCUAAAAAGCCGAGGAAGAAUAAAAAUUUUAUGAUGAAGAAGGAGAUAACGAAGAAGAGAUAAACAAUUCAGAUAUAGAGAAAACUGAAGAUUAAAAAUCAAAUGCAUCAAUAAUUUCAUUUGCCUUUUUAGGGUUAUUCUUAAUAUUAUUUUGA